AUGGGUAAAUCAAAACCGGUAGCACCGACUUAUCAAUAUUAUGCUGGUUGGAUACCCAGAGAAUUUGCUGAAAAGCUAUUAACAGCAGAAGGAGAAUUUUUGGUUCGAAAUACGCAAAGAGAACGUGGCGCGACGGAUUUGAUACUUUCCGCAAAACAUGGAGAACGUUUCUACCAUUUUAUUGUCUUUUAUAACGGCGGCAAAUAUUACGUCAAAUCAAACGAUACGGCAAAGUCGUCAGUGCAUGAAUUAAUUGAGCACUACGUAUUUUCGCAACAACCUAUUAACAAUCAGGGCGUCAUAUUGCAGAAGCCUUUUGUACGCCCAGAAUAUUUUUACGAGAAGAAACAACUGCAGACUAAAAAAGUAAUUGGGAAAGGGGCAUUCGGCAAAGUUUAUUACGGAGUUUUGCGUACCGAAAAAGUUUAUCAGUGUGCAGUCAAAGUCGUCAACUCAAAGUCUGAUGACAUCGAAGGCAUCAAAAAAGAAAGAACAAAGUUUGUUAAAGAGGCUUUUAUAAUGCUAAAGUUACAUCAUCCAAAUGUACUUGCCGCCUACGGGCUUAUGUUUGACAAAGAUCCAAUUAAACUGAUCAUGGAAUAUGCACCGGAAGGUUCAUUAAAAACAUUCUUGCAAAAAACAAGUACUCGACAAGCGCCAGUGGUUCUUCUCGAGCGGUUUUCCGCUGACGCUGCUAGAGGAUUGGAAUAUCUUGCCAUGAUGAAGAUUAUUCACGCAGAUAUUGCGGCGAGAAACUGUCUCGUUGGUAAAGACAAAGUGUUAAAGAUUACGGACUUUGGUCUCUCGCAUACUGGUCACAAGGCGAUUAAACUGCCAGAACUAGGCAUGGCCCCAUUGAAAUGGAUGGCUCCAGAAGCGAUUAUUAAGGCUAAGGAUGAAAUGGAGUUGGUUUAUUGUCCAGCUGCGUAA